AUGGGCGUACAGAAAGGGGAGGAGGACGAAGCUAUCUACCCACCUUUAGUAGCCAAGUUUUCAAAAAGUAAUACUGAAUCCUCGUCAACAUCAUCUAGGUCUGCCUUCAAGUUCAGUCUUGCGGCAUAUAGCUUAGGAAAACAGUCAAUGACGUUUGUGAUACCAUGUUCUCUUUGGAAGUCUUGCAAGAUGCUUCCUAGCUCAACAUGUGGUUUACCAAAGCUCAAGUUCUGUGGUUUGGCAUGGCCGAGUUCUGCCAGGAUCGACGUCAAGCUGGCGUCUAUGACCGCUGAUGCAGAUCCUAUGGCUGUUAUGUAUUUUUAUGAUUCUUUAAAGAAUAAAAUCAAAUUAGACUUCCUGAAGAUUAUCAAUUUUUUCACGGGAAUAAUUUUGAAAUUAAAUUUUAACAAAACAUACUUGAUAACUUUUUCUUCCGAUAAGAGAUUUUCACCCGUUGAUAAAUUCCAAAUUCAAACAUCAGACGGCUACAAAUAUAUACAAGCAGUAAAUAAUAUCAAAUACUUAGCUAUAAUUAUAGAUGAUAAUUUAAACUGGAAUAUAAAUGAUGAAAACUUAGUCAAAAAUUAA